AUGGCGAUUGUCAGCUGGGCUUGGGAUACUUGGGACAGAUCUCAUCACAACACCAGCCUUGCUAUCGGCGGGGUAGCUGCAGCUGCCACUAUCUCGGUCAUUGUAUACAAACAUCUGAGAGACAGCCGUUUGAUGACAUUGCUGUCAGUGCACAGUUUAAGGUUAUCUCGUUCCCACCGCACACCGUGGAUAGAAUACAAUGGCGAAGUGGUCAGUGAUUCGGGAUUCAUCAUUGAAUUCCUAAACGAGAGAUUAAAGGUGAAUCUGAAUUCACAUCUAGAUGCAACGGAAAAGGCGAUCGCGAGAGCGUUUCGGGAAAUGGUAGAAGAAAAUUUAUGUUGGACACUGGCAUAUAUAAAAUGGUUGGACAAAACCCCUUCCAAUCUUCUGACAACCAUAUAUCCACAGCGUACUGUCGUGAUAUGGUUGAUGAGAAAGGCAAUCGAACCCGUCAUGAAGAAAACGUUAUAUUUGCAAGGAAUCGGCAGGCAUACCAGGCAAGAAGUAUUCAGUAGAGUGGAAAAAGAUUUCUUAGCUUUAUCGGCGUUUUUAGGAAAUAAAGCAUACAUGUUUGGGAAUAAGCCGAGUGAAGAAGACUGUUCAAUAUUCGCUGUAUUAGCACAGUUUACAUGGAACUUACCGGGCACAAAUAUAGAGACAUUUAUUAAAGGUGAUUGCAAGAAUUUAGAAGAAUAUUGUUACAGAAUGAAAGAGAGGUUCUGGCCAGAUUGGGAGCAGUGCAUUAUGGGAGAUCAGAAAUCUGCCUGGUUUGAGUUUGUAUCGUACCCGAUGACUGACCCAACACUGUUAAGAGGAUAA